GCGGACCCUCUGGUAUAGUUCUCAUGGUUCAGCUGCCGAGGGCCGGUUACUGUGACCUCUUUUGUGACCUAGUCACAUUGAUUUGUUUUUUACUUUUACUUUUUUACUUUUUUAUUUCCCUUGGUAUUUUGGUACAUAGUGACUUACAGCCUCCCCUUUCCCCUUGACUCGAAGCGGACUGGUCUAGGCGAAGAUGAAAAAGGUAAGGACAAGCUACAAGUCUUCAAAGUGGUAUUAAAACCUUCAACGGCCCGCCGUCUUUACCUAGUCUCAAAAUCUAUCGUCCCGAUUAGCUUCCUCCCUCUUGAUUGGCGUACCGCGGGUCAAUUCGAUGUGGAGCAUCCGUGAUGCUUUAGAUUGGUACGCUUCCUUUCUUACUACUCGAUACACCACGCAUUUUACCUUUCCGUCACUUGCACGAACUGGGUAUUAUAUCUAGACUUUUCAAAGGCUCAGUCAAGUGUUACUAGACACUCCCCGGGACUCGUUCCUUUACAGAGACGGCCGUUCCGGGUUUUAGAUCUACUAGACACAGCUACCGGCGUAACCUUGGCGGCAUGCCAUUUCGUUCUCAGGGAGGUGGACCUCCCGGAUUCCCAAUGCCGUUUCAACCGUCCCAGUCCCGGUCACCUCCGCAGGCUUCCUCCUCACGAGGGGUGGCGCCUGGGAUAGACCCGUCGGGGCCCUUUAUCCCGUUUCAAGAAUCACAGUUCGACAUUCUCGAGUGGUACCCGCAGUUCCAGUCAUGUGUCCGGUAUUUUUUGGAUCACGCCCAGCACAGUGGUCCGGUACAGGCCGUUGCAGCAUUCGUAAAUAUACAAUUACCUUUCCAAAAACGAAAACAUCCUGUUAUCUCAUCACAGAUGCCCGGAUCGCCGGCGGGCGUGUCGUCCCAGUCGCCAAUUCUUCCAAUACCAAAUCGUACACCAACAUCUAUUUCCUUGACGCCGUACAUCCGGCGGCUAGUAGCAACCGGCUUAGAUCUCCCGGGUGUUUUGCAUGGGUUCUUUGGAGACGAUUGGGUUGCUGGGAUAGGGCACCUCCAUGAAGUGGAGCGGAGAAAUUUCCUCUUUGCCGCCAAGAGUGCCGGCUGGCUGAAGGUUAAGUCCCAAUACGACAUGCCAGAUGAGCAGACCAUUCCUUUCCUGCGUCCUCUUCAGAACGUUACGGAGAAAGAGAUUGUUAGCGCAGAGGCAAAUUGGAGCGAAUGGCUAGCAAUGCAGGACUGGAUGGUCGGUCCUAGGUCGCCUGAUGUCGAUAGAGACAUGGCAGUUAUAAAAAGCGAGGAUGUCUGAGACACAAGGCGGGUAUCGCCAAUGCAGUCUCUGCGUACCUUAGGAGGACAGUGGGCAACCGAGAUACACGACGCCCGGAUAUUAGAUGGGAUAGACGGGAUUAUAGGGG